UCUAACGAGCAGACAAGCGUAGCGGAAUAUAGCAAAGAGGUCUAAGGUUAUUUUAGUUGAUUUUAGUACUUAGUUGUUUCCAAUGUUUAUCUCGCGAUGUUAAAAACUAGAGAUAUUUUACCAAAUUUCUUUGUGCUGCUUUUCGAAAUCUGUGCUUCCUUAUUGUUGUGAAGAACAGUUUUGUUUUGAGUGGUUAAACUUUCCAAUUGUUCGCCAAAUGUUCCAGUGAAGUAUUUAUCUCCAAUCCAUAUCUCAUCUCACACUUUGUAGUGGCUCUAGAUCCACUUUUCAACACAACCGGUCAAGGAUACACAAUGUAAAGGUUUAUUCCUCGGAGGAUGUAGAUUCCACCUAAGCUGAAACAAUGGGUAAUAAGAGCAGUUGUUGCUCGUACUCCAGCCCUCCAACAAGAAGAAAAGAAGUGAAGCCUAGCUUUGAUGAACAUUUGCAAGAAGAGAGUGUGGGAAAUCUCCAACAUAUAAGUGAGAGAGAGCCGGAGGAUUGGGAUACAGAUCCUUCUCUCCAUCCUAAAGCAGCCACCCUCUUUUUAGAACGGUCAAAAGUUGAAAAUGGACUCUCUAGGAAAAAAAGUGUGAAUCAUAUCGCAGAUGUAAGGCCACUAAAGAAGAGCAGCUCGUGCUCCACAAUCUAUCUAGACGAUAGUACAGUAUCUCAGCCAAACCUAAAAAACACAAUAAAAUGUGUUUCUCUUGCUAUUUACUAUCACAUUAAAAAUCGCACAUCAGAACGGUAUAUGGAAAUAUUCGACGAAAGGCUUCAUCCUUUAACGAGGGACAAGGUCCCAGCAGACUAUGAUCGACAUAAUCCUGAGCACAAGCAUAUUUACAGAUUCAUUCGGACUCUGUUCAAUGCUGCUCAACUUACGGCAGAGUGCUCCAUCAUUACACUGGUAUAUUUAGAGAGAUUGUUGACUUAUGCAGAAGUGGACAUAACGCCUGGCAACUGGAAGCGCAUGGUUCUGGGUACAAUACUCCUUGCUUCUAAAGUGUGGGAUGACCAAGCUGUUUGGAAUGUUGAUUACUGCCAAAUUCUUAGUGAUAUGACUGUUGAUGACAUGAAUGAACUGGAACGGCAGUUUCUAGAAAUGCUCCAGUUUAACAUCAAUGUACCUGCAAGUGUUUACGCAAAAUACUACUUUGAUCUGCGGCAACUGGCAGAGGAUAAAGAUAUAGCUUUCCCGGCAGAGCCAUUGAGCAAGGAAAGAGCACAGAAAUUAGAAGCAAUGUCUCGUCUGUAUGAAGAUAAAGUCAAUUCAGAAAUCGUAAAAAAUGAUCUGAAAAAGUGGUCUAGUCUAGAUAAUGUUAAUUCCCUAGCAACUUCUCGAAGGAGCAUCGCUAUCUUGUCAUGAGUUUUAGUUACUGUUCCCCUGUCUAUGCCGUGUUCCCUUCAUCAUUACAUUCCGAAGAAUUCGGUUCUUUUUUUUUCCGUAACUUUUUUUAGUCGAUGUGAUAUGUUUGUACUCUAAAUGUAUUUUAUGCUGCUCAACUUUGCUAGUUGAAAACGUUGUGGGUGGCUGUCGGUGUGAAAUUUGAAGUGCAAAGAAAGCUGGGCAAAACAAAGACUGAUAAACUGAGUUCUCUGAGACUGUCCGAAAUUUCUUCAUGCUCAAUUUUGUCAAAUUUUUCAGGUACCCAAGGGUAGUCUUCGCUUUUUAACUCAGUGUUGAUAUGAACUUGACCCAUCAGUAAAGAAUCAUCAAGGUAUUGAACAAAGCAUGCCGAAAUAUUGAUAUUAUUUUAAAUUUUAGCCAAAAGUAAAAACCAUUACAGCUGGAAGUAUGUUACACUAGUCAACAUCUGAAAAAUCCCCUCUGAUAACGCCAAAUUGAAGCUGAAAUUGUUCCAACAUAAAAAUUCUGUCUUCCGCAUUUGCCCACUUUUGGCUUUAACUAAGGGGUUUAGAAAGAAGAGUUUUUAGGAAUCGACAGCUGUAGCUAUUGGUAUAAUCUGUCUGUUUUUUAAAUAAAAAUUAUCCGUGGCAUUCCUAUUUUUGUAAAACUAGUUUAAGAUCUUGAUGCUUGUAUACUUCAGGUGCAGAUUCACUUUCAACCUUGACAAAUUUAAAAUGGUCAUUUUUCGGGCCUGUAAAAUUCAGUGUUAGUGCAUUCAAGUGAGCGCCAUUUAGGGUAGCAAGCAUGCAACAAACACUGGACAACCAUACAAUGCAUUGAUCUAACAAUUGGUAACAGUAGUAACACUGAUUUUGUGCUUUCAUUUGGCAGAUGUAGUUCUUUCAGCAAAUCCUAGAGUACAUUCAUUAUUAGAGAAGUAGCUCUAAAUGAACAUGGGAAACUCUGUUAAGUGUCGAGAGACCCUCUUGCUUCUAUGAUGCAUCUUUAAUCGAAGAGGGUUUCCUGUCAGUGAUUCACACCAUGCUAAGGACUUAAAAAGUGAAUUGAAAAAUUGUGUUUUACUUGACGAGCUAAUUGUGAUAAAGCCCUUCACAUUGAAUUUAUCUGAAUCACUGGUGCACAAAACUAAUCUUGGGGUACAGGCAAUCUCAAGAACAUUAUUUAAGAAUCCAUUAAAUAGAAAUUAUCCCUUCAUGCCUGCAAGAGUUGAUGUCAAGCAUCAUGUUUCCACUGCGUUUCAAUCAAACGUUUCUUGAAGUUGAGAUGGGAUUGAAUUAUGGAAUUGAUCGGAGUUGUGACCAAUCAAAGUAGCGAGUAUUGCCUAAGCAAUCAUGUUCUACAGUGUUACCUAGGAAUUUUAUUUUAAAUGGUUUGUGACAAAUUUUAUUGCCAAUAUUUCAGUUCUGUAUUUUAACAUAGGGCAAAACUCUUUUCCUUCUUUCCACUACCCAGCCUUUUUAUACUCAGGAAUUUUGAAUAGAAUUUCAAAAUUUUUAAUCUUCAAAUCCCAUUCUGUACCAAGUAUCAACAGUUUUACACAAUUUUCUAAAACUCAUCUCCUCAGUUUAAAAUAUAAAAAAAGCUAGUUUUUUUUGUUGAAAUUUUUGUGCGUAUUGAGUUUUCUGUCUAAUAACAAAACAUCGUAACAUAUUAACAUUAUUGUGUUUAGCUUUUGAGUGUUCAAUCAAACAUUUGUCUCUUUAUCCAUUUGAAGAGGUUUAUUUGAUAAACUUCUCGGUCUAAAGUAAACAACAAGAUAUGGAGUUUGCUGAAUAAUUUUUAAUUCCUGCAUUCCUAACUUUUUUAAUGCCAUUUUUAUUUAUUGAUGUAAAUUACUUCAGAAGUUGCGAUUUUAUAAGCUCUGGUUUGAUAUGAGUUGAACCUUAGGAAACCAGGAUAUUACUUGGAAAAGCCCCUUUAAUGACGACCACGUCCUCCAUGUUAAGUACCUUUGUCGCAAGUUACUCCGUGUACUAUGUGUGCAGCAGCUUUUUUUCUUACUUAUCGACUAUGAGCUGCAACAGUGGUGCUCUGCACUUAAGAGUGUGGCGUUUUUUCUAAUGAAUUUGGCAAUAUUUUCCUACCUCUCUUGAUUUUCUAGGUUCUGCUCUUUUUACAUAGGUCCUCAUAAAUUGCAACAUGGAGAAUUUUUUUCUUUAAGUAAAAACCAUUAAAAAAAAAUUCAGGAAAUUUUUUGUCAACAACGUGCACUUCAGGUGCACUUUGGUCACCAUGCAGCAAUUAAAAAUUACCAAACUACCUCAUGCAUCACAUCCUAAAUGAACAUCUAAGAAGAUUUGUUUAAUUUUCAUCACAAUAAUCAAAAUGUAUUAAAAUCGUUAAUAGUGUUGCCUGAGGAUUUUAACAGAAGCAUGUAAAAUUCUUUAUUUACUCAAAACACCUCAAGAUUAUUGGUAUGGAAGGUACACUUUGUCACUCUUGUCCGUGGAUUCAACAAUUAAUUGUUACGCGCCCCAAAUUAUGGAGUUGAUUAAAUUAAGACAAAGAUCCUUAAAAUUUUGAAACACUGCGCGUUCACAUGCGUAAAUUUAGAAAAUAACUUGUCUUGAGUACAAAUUUCCAUUUUUGCUUUUGUCUUUUACCAGUUUGUUCAUUGCAUUAAUCACUGUUUUAAUAACUGAACUGAUAGGAAUUGGAUCGGAAGUGUUAUGUUAACCAAUGAACUUGUCAACCUGUCUUGCUGCCUUAUAUACUUUGCUUAGUCAAAUUUCAAUAAGUCACAAAUUUCUCUUAAAUUAUUUAUCUUUGUUACAUGAGUAACAUAAUGAAUCUAAUGAACUAUUAUCCUUUCAAUUCUAAAAACGGCGUAUGUCUCAAAUGCAGAUUCAUUUGACGUUGCUAAGAAUGGAUCUAACUUCAAAGAGAGUUGGAAAAAAACUCUAAUCUGCUGAAGCCCCAUACCGGACUUUAAGUUAUCCGUGAAAAAAUGAAUAGAUUGGUUCUUUUUGGUAAUGAUGUCAUAUCUGUUUUGCAUUUGCGUCAUCAAAACUGAAUGCAUUGUGGAAUAAUUUUCGGAAUUUAGUUAAUCAAGUCAGCUGCUAACAAUAUUGAUGCAAUAUUGCUUUUUACUUUUUCUACGUUCACCCUCUAUAUUUUAACUGCUAUUUUUGUAAAUACAUAUUUUUAAUCUUGUAAGUACAGCAAGCUUUUUAGAAAUUUUUAAUCAGAUAUUUUCAAGUACAGAUGUAUAUAGGAAUGUAAAAUUUAUCACGUGCAACCUCUUGGAAAGUGAAAUUAUUUACUUCCUUUUCUUUUAGCCUUUACCUUUAUGAAAGUUUUUAAACAAAAUAAAUAAAUUAAUAAAUAAAAAAUAGUCUGUCAAUAUUUUAAAUUUUAAUUGUUUUCCUACCGAAACUAUGUUUUUAAGGAGCGAAUGAAUAAAAUUUGCUGUUGAUAUUUUUCUGUGUAACAAUCAGCAAUUUAUAAGAAAACCACCUCAUUUUAAUUGUUUACUUCCUGAAGGGUUUAUCAGUGUUUACUUACACAAAUGCUUUUUUUAGAAAGUUCAACCAUUUGAAUAACAAAUAUUUCCCGUUUUUUUAAGGUAACUCUCUGAUAAUACAAACUUAAACCCUUUCUGAAGUGAACUCUCCUAAAUUGGAGAACGUAAUCGAGCAACUCGCAUAAUUUAAUGUUCACUCUUCACUGCUAAAAAAGCUUUCAUUUCUUGUAAUUAAAAAAAAUCAUCUAGUCUAAUUUUUGAAAUUCAACCAUUUAUUUGUGUUUUUCGUCAAAUUCUCACUAUCAUAUUGUGGCAUACUCUUCCUUCUCUUUUCAUAACUCAAUGAGAAAUUUACCAGUAUCUCUCCUAAUUGUUCAAUUUUCUUUUGUUCCUACGAUACCCAAAAAGUCAUUCAUAUGUAUUCAACAGAGAUCAAAUAAUUUUUGAUCGGGUAUUCAAAAUUGAUCAAAGUUUAUUGUUUAGUGACUAUAAAUGGGGGAAUGUCUCCACCACCUUCCUGUCAAUUGCGUUUACUUGAUAACUGUUCUUGUUGGAAUUUGUCAUCUCCACUGGAUUAUUUUGUUUGUUUUUGUUUUGAAGAAUUGGGGCUCUGCAGAUAUCGACGGUGAAACUGCACAAACACGUAUCUUGGUUUAUAACGUUGCAGAUUUCCUAUCUUACUUUAUUUUGAAAAUGGAAAAAUUCUCAAAGUCACUCCUUAAAAACUUCCACAAUUUUUCUGCUCUGUCUGCGGAAUGUUUCAUGAAAGUUUCACGUAAUAACAUCGGUUUGUUUUCUUUGAUUAAAGAACAUUUGGAGAGUACGCGAAAGAGAUACGCGUUCCUGCAGUUUUAUCCACGAUAUGCAGCCCAACCCCCAGUCAAAAAGUCGGGAGAAAUAGUUGUGCCAUAUUUAAUAAAUUCUUGUGCAAUUUUGAAUUUUUGAGAGAAAAAAAGAGGAAAAGAAGAAAUAAGUUUGCAAGACCAAGUAUGGAAUACCGAGAGUACGGGAAAACUGAGUUUGCCUGAUGAUGAGCAGAUCUGAAUUUCUGCUCUGCCGAAUUUUGACAUUUGGGACUGUUUUUCGUUAGGUACCCUGAGACUCCUCCCACUCUCAUUUGUUUGGCCCUAUUUCGUCUAGGUAACAUUUAAAAUUACCUUGUUAGCCAAACCAUUGUUAAAUUUAGGUAGGAUUAAAUGUUACAUUUAAGUUUUAUUCAAUUUCUGUAUCCCUUUAUUAUUUUAUAUGCUAAAAAAUUAAUCAUAACUAAUACAAAAAUAUUAAAAAAAAAAGAAAAUAAAUAAAUUGACAAUC